AUGAGAACAAAGCAUAUCUUAAUAAGAUGUAUAUUGAUAAUAAACUUGUUUGGAGCUUUGCAAUGUUUGGUUACAGAUUUCCCUCCAGAAAGGAUCGCCCAAUACAGGUAAAUUCACGUUUUUAAUGUCAUUUUUGACGUUUUGUUUUAGGGAAAAGGUUAAAACAAUGUUCUAUCAUGCUUAUAACGGGUAUCUUAAUUACGCUUAUCCAUUGGACGAGUUGAAGCCAUUAUCAUGUACAGGCAAGUCUUAAACUUUGAUUUUUAUUAAUUUUAGGUAAUGAAAAAUUAAGAAUCAGUGAUCAAAAUUAAUAUUAUAGGUAUGAACACAUGGGGCAGCUUUAGUUUGACACUAGUUGAUGCUUUGGACACUCUUCUUAUUAUGGGUAAUGAAACAGAGUUCCUUAGAGCUGUCGAUCUUAUACUGGCCAAUGUUGAUGUAGAUGCGAACGUUAAUGUCUCCGUUUUUGAGACGAAUAUCCGGGUAGUUGGUGGAUUGUUAUCUGCUCAUAUGAUGUCUGGCAGAGUAAAAGGUAUGUUUUUAUAGUUUUAUUUGAAAUUUAUUUGCAAUAGUAUAAUUCUUGGUUUUUUAAAAAUUAAAUACGUUUUUUUAUAUAUAUCAAAUUAAUUUUAGACAUGGAUCUCCAUUCUGGAUGGCCAUGUGCGGGUCCUUUGUUAGACCUUGCUGAGAAAUUUGCUCAGAAGUUGUUGCCAGCUUUUAAUACUGAGACUGGUAUGCCCUACGGCACGGUGAAUCUUCGUUAUGGAGUUGAUAAGGAUGAAACUCCAAUCACUUGUACAGCUGGGGUUGGAACGUUUAUUCUCGAGUUUGGGACAUUAUCACGAUUGACUGGCAAUCCAAUUUAUGAAAGAGUUGCCCUUAGGGCGAUGAAAUCGUUGUGGGGAACUAAGAGUGCUAUUGGAUUGGUUGGAAAUCAUAUUAAUGUUCAGACAGGUAGGCGUCUUGCUUAAUAUUUUAGGAAACUACAUGCUAGAAGCUUUAGAACUUAAAUAUCGGUGUUUUAGGUAUAUGGACAGCUACAGACGCUGGAAUUGGUGCUGGAGUAGAUUCUUAUUUUGAAUAUUUGGCGAAGGGAGCUCUACUUUUCCAACGUCCAUUGUUUAUGUAUCAAUUUAAUGGUAAUUUAUAUUUUCUUGCUUUAAAUUUUAUUAUCUAUGAUAUUAUUCCUAUAAGCAAAUGAUUCUACGAUAUAAUUGUUAUAAUUAUAAUGAAUUAUCAACAAUAUAACUAUAUUAUUUUUGUGUUCAGAGUACACACAAGCGAUAAACAAGUACAUCAGGAAGGAUGAUUGGUUCAUGUGGGUAUCCAUGACCAGAGGAACAGUCAAUUUCCCUGUAUUCCAAUCAUUGGAAGCUUAUUGGCCAGGAGUUUUAGCAUUGGUUGGUCAAGUGGAAGAUGCAGCUAGAAUAAUGUUGACGUACGAUCAAGUUAACAAACAGUAUGGAGUACCACCAGAGUUUUACAACUUGCCAAAUAGAGAAGCUGUAAGUUUUUUGUAUUGAAGAGAUCACGUUAAAGUACCGUGUUGUAUAAAAAUACCGGUAUCUUAACAUUUUAUAGUUGAUAUUUUAAGGCCUAAUAUCCUCAAAAUAAUAUGAUUUUAGGUUGACAAAAGGUCAGGCUACCCUUUGAGGCCGGAGAUCGUGGAGAGUAUGAUGUACUUGUACAAAGCCACCGAUGAUCCUCAUUACCUUCAUAUGGCUGCCAGCAUCGUAGAAGCGAUAGAAGCCAACACGAAGACAAGUUGUGGGUAUGCUACCAUCAAGGACAUCAAUAAGAAAACACUGGAAGACCGGAUGGAGUCGUUCUUCCUGGCUGAAACCACAAAGUACUUGUAUCUUCUGUUCGAUCCUGAGAACUUUAUUCAUUCUGAUGGGCUACAUGCUAGGGUGUUUGAUCACCCUGCUGGAGAGUGUGUUAUGUAUGGUAGGUUUUUUGAAAUAACUAGCAGGGCCGGGAGGGGGACUUUUGGUCUGGGGGCAGGGGUCCAAAAAAAUCGGCACAGGACCUGUGCCGAUUUUUUAAAUUUUUUUUCCGAAAAUCCACAGGGGGGACCACGUUCAAUUUUUUUUCAAAAAAUUUUUUUUCUGGGGGGUACCCCCCCCGCCCCCCCCUCGCGCCCGGCCCUGAUAACUAGUAUGAAAAUUACAAAAAAAGGCAAAUUAUGGUUAGUUUUGUCGUAAUAUUACUAUUUUUAGCUGGAGGCUGGAUCUUCAACACAGAAGCUCACCCAAUCGACCCGGCCGCUCUUUAUUGUUGUGGAGCAAAACGAGCCAAAGAUGAGAUCUUGAUCCAAAAGUUCAAAGAAAACAUUGAUUUCGUUUCGUUUUUAGAUUUAAAUGAUCCCUUCUUGAAGGAUCUGGAUAAGAAGCUGGACGAAGAUGACCUUCAUGAGGAAGUAAAAGAGUUAAAAGUGAAGGAAGAACACCCAGAUGAUGUGGAAAAUGAGCUGAGAGAGUUGGAACAACACAUGUGGGAACACGAGGAGAAGAUACGGCGGGAAAAGGAAGAAGAUGACAAUAAUAUUCAAGUUGUUCGAAAGGAUGACAAGGCUGAUGAAUAUAUCAAAAAUGACGGCGAAAAGAAUAGUGAUGAUGGGACCGCUGAAGACAGUCGCAGAGAAGGUGAAUAUAAAGAAGAAAUGAAUAAUGAAGUGCAUGUUGAUGAACAAGAUGAAGAGGUAGACAAUAUGGCUGAUGGUAACAUUUUUGUUCAAGGAGUAGAUGCACAAGAUGUCAAAGAGACAAGGCGAAGAAGGAAAGGGAAGACGAGGAGGAUAUCUACACUUUUGAAAGGUCCAAAUGAUGUGGCAUCGGAGAAAGAAGAUCGAGAGUUGGUCAAACGCCGGGUGAGUAAUUUAUGUUUACCGUAAUGUCAUUUUUGUUUAUAUACAUUAUCCUUGUAGCUCUCGUUGCAGUAUUAAAAUUAUUUUAGUGUAAUAUAUCCAAUAAUUGGUUUCAAAAUUGUUUAUGUAAACCAAUAUUCAUUCAGUAAAUGUGUUUAAUGACCAUUUUUUAGAUAAAAGACCUUGUGGAAUCCCUCGAGCGUCUAGAUGAUGCGGCUGGCCAGAAGGACGAGCCAAGUAAUCUCCUCAAACUUUUGGGAACCUUAGGCGCCGAAUACUCGAAUCUUCUGAAAGCCAGUACUAAACUACAAGCUUUGGCCUCAAGUAGAAGGUCACAGAUGUUCGAAAAGGUCAAGAAGGAGUUGAUGAGUAACAGAGUACAACAACUUGUUCCUAUCAAUGAAGUUGUUUGUCAAGUAAGUCUAGUUACAGUAUGGUAUACAUUAUUGUAUACAAUGUAUAAUAUGAACGGUUGUUUAUAAAUGGAUCUAAUGGGGUUGCUUUAGGACUGUUGUGUCAAACUAGAUGCCCAAUACGAUUCUGUAGCUUUACGUCAGAUGUUGAACAUGAUCUACAGUAAGCAUGUUUACGCAAAAAGUGGCUUCAAUUUUGUUCCUGGGCCUAUUUGUAGAGAAGAUGAAAAGCCCGAUCUAACUAGGAACUACAAUUCUACGUCACCAGGUAUGUUUAUCUCAACGUUACUAUUAAUGUUUUGGCCAGUAAGUAAUUUCUCACAAAUUACACCUUCUUUUUAUUAGUAAUAUCUGUCAUUGUUCUUCUUCCACAUUUAUGUAUUCAACAACGUAUAUGCCUUUACAUUGUUAUGUUUCAGAUAUAGCCAAGUUAGAGUCAGAAGAACAAGCCCUGGACGCUGUAGAUCACUUCAACUUUGGGACCUUUGCCUACAACACUUUGUCUAAAGAGCACCACGAACUUUUAUCAAGUCCACCUCGACCGUUUUUGUCACUUCUGAUGGGAAUGGGACAAGUUCUUCCACGAGCUGCUUUCAGUUAA